AUGGCUGAUGUAGCGUAUACCCUGGCUGCAAGGCGGAGUCGUCUUCGGACGCCUCCUUCGGUCGAGGAGGCAACGGAGCAGAUCGUCCAGUGGGUUACGGCCAAGGUGGGCCAUAUCUUGGGCCUGUCGGCCGCGGAUAUCGACCCUGGGGACCCUGUGCACACCUACAGCAUCGAUUCCCUUGUUAUGGUGGAUCUGAAGGACUGGUUCAACCGCGAGAUCGGGGCGAGUAUCACCGUGUUUGAUCUGAUGGGGAACACCCCGCUGCGGCGACUUGGGGAGAUGGCGGCCGAGAAGAGUCGUUACUGGGUUUAG